GGAUAUAUAAGAGAGAGGGGAACGGGCCUUUUGGCAUUCACUCUAGUCCGCCUUGGUUUUCACUCGCCUCAACGCAGCGCCAAGCUCCCUAAGAAUAUAAAAAAAUGGCCUUCUCCGGUGUCCUCAAUGAAGCUGAAGUGAAAGCUGCUCUGGACGGCUGCUCAGCUGCUGACUCCUUCGACUACAAGGUCUUCUUCAAGGCAUGCGGACUGGCUUCCAAAUCCUCCGAUGAGGUCAAGAAGGCCUUCGCCAUCAUUGACCAGGACAACAGUGGCUUCAUUGAGGAGGAGGAACUGAAACUGUUCCUGCAGAACUUCUCUGCCAGUGCCAGAGCACUCACCGACAAGGAGACCAAAGCCUUCCUCGCCGCUGGUGACAGUGAUGGUGAUGGCAAGAUCGGAGUUGAUGAGUUUGCUGCCCUUGUAAAGGCAUAAACUCCCACUGACCAAGAUCCACUUCUGCAAACUCCUUUCAAGAUUCACUAAUCAUCAGCUGUUUGAAUAUUUUUUUAUACCUUAUUUAUGAGUUGCCUGCGGACUAUUUCUCAACAUGGAAAGCAUAACAAUGUUAUCGUGAAUGUCACUCAAAUGUGUAACAUGUUCUGAAAUAAUGACUUGUGCAAUCUGUACAACUCCUCUUGCACUUUUGAGGAAGAGUGAAAAACCAGGAAUAAAUACUCAUUUGGUGUGAA